AUGAUGUUGGAGGUGGCAGAGAAGUACCAAAGGGCAUUUGAACUUAUGAUAGAUGAAGAUGGACAUUUUUUAAACUAUUUGUACGAGGAUGGUGGUGGAAAAAGGGGGUUGGGUUCUCCGACUAAUGAUGAUUGGCAUAAUAUCCGUCACUUUAUUAAGUUCUUGCAAGUGUUUUAUGAUGUCACAAUGCAAAUCUCUGAAUAUUCUGAAAGUAGUGAUCCGUUGUUGAAUACCAUGGCGAAUAGAAUGAAAGUAAAAUAUGAUAAGUAUUGGGGAGAUGUUGAGAAGAUUAACCCGUUGUUGUUUGUGGCUAGUUUGCUUGAUCUACGUUACAAGAUGGUAAAUUCGACAAAGUUUCCAAUCCUCGCUGAGAUAGCGCGAGAUGUAUUGGCAAUUCCAAUUACCACGGUUGCUUCCGACUCAGCAUUUAGCACCGGUGGUCGUGUGAUAGAUCCUUAUCGAAGUUCUUUGGCUCCAAAAACAGUUGAGGCUCUUUUUCCAAUCCUCGCUGAGAUAGCGCGAGAUUUAUUGGCAAUUCCAAUUACCACGAUUGCUUCCGAGUCAACAUUUAGCACCGGUGGUCGUGUGAUAGAUCCUUAUCGAGGUUCUUUGGCUCCAAAAACAGUUGAGGCUCUUGUAUGUACUCAAAAUUGGUUGAGAUUUUCUCCCAAUAGUGCACAUGAAUCAUACUUGUUUAACGUUGAAGAUGAAGAGAGUUACAAGCUUGACUCAGGUAUCACAUGGAAGGAAUAA